CCCAGGAGCAGGCAGCGGUGUAGCGGCACACGGACAAGUUGUUAGCCACGGAGGAAGCUGGGGAUGAAUCAUCCCCCAAAAAGAGCCAUUGAGAUGGCAGUGUGUGCGUCUGCCUGGAGGGAGGGACGCGUCAAGCUUUCUCAAGCAAGCAGCAGCCUGCAGUGUGUGCCUGCUUGAGAGCCAGCCCUCCUCGACUGUGUGUGUGUGUAUAUUCUUGUGUGAGGGUUUGUGUGACGGAGUGUGUAUAACGAGUGCUUGUGUACAGUGUAUGUGUGUGUGCACACUCUUGCUCGCAAGCCUCUGCCCUUCCUGGAGGAAAGGCUCUCCUUUUCAGCGAACCGCAAGGGCCGUCUUGACUUUGGCAAGCUGUCAGUCUUCUGGACCUGACGAUGUUUCGUAAGAAGAAAAAGAAGAGGCCAGAGAUCUCAACACCAAAGAACUUUGAGCACCGGGUGCACACCUCGUUUGACGCCAAGCGGUGCUGCUUUGUGGGCCUGCCGACCCAAUGGCAGAGUCUGAUAGAGAACCUCCGUAGGCCCAAGCCUAUGGUGGACCCCUCCCGGAUCACCUCCGUGGAGCUCAAGCCAAAGAAGACCAUCGUGCGUGGGAGUAUGAUCGGUCAUGGAGACUACAUCUCAACCAUGAUCUCCGACAUGAGCAGGUUGUCGGUGACCAGCUCCAACUCCCUGAGGAAGAGCAGCCCUUCGGCCAGGAAAAGGGCCCAGUCCCUGGGCAGGCUGGGGGAGGUGAAGGAGGGGGACACCUACCAGUAUGAAGACCUGGGAGAAGAUGAGCUGGAGCAGCAGCAGUGGAGAGACAGGGCUCAUAACAUCCACAGUGAGAGUGGGACGAGUAUUACCCUACAGCCGAACGGCGUUCUCCCCAGGGCCAAGUCCACCUAUGAAGUGAGCAUCAGCUGUCUGGAGGGACCCCUGGCUCCAUCCCAGCCAAUGCAAGUGCCUAUUAAAGGGGCUUAUAUCAGCUGUGAGGUGGGUAGCCCCACAGAGACACUGAUGGUUAAGAGAGACUUCCAGGUGCCCAGGGUUAUGCCACAAAAACAGAGGCCUAUCUCGUUCUUCUACAGCCCAGCCAUGGCUGUCCAGCAUACCGACCAUGGGGGUCGCCCCCCUCCGGAGUACAGCACCAACCUCUACAUCCACUCCCACAACAGCCCUGUCAGACCAUACUCCUCCUACGACCUGAAGGCAGAGUCGGCUCUGAGGCACCACCAGUCAGGCUUCCUACCAAGCACCACCAGUAGUCCCUUCAUGAGUGGCUUCAGACCCCACAGGAUGGUACACUCCUCAGCCAGCUACACCCUGGGACUGUCUCCCAACAUGGGCCUGAGACCCAACGGCCCUGACCCCUUUCUGAGACACUCAGGCUGCCCUAAUGCUCCCUUCCCCGGACAGGACAGCCCCUCCCAGCUCCGGCCUUCCCCCACCGGCUCCCUGGCCACCAGCCCUCUAGGCACAUGUUCCCCUGCCUUCAGACCCCCUCAGAACCCACAGAGGCCGCCACCAGACCCCCCCAAGGUGACCCAUAAACAGUUUAAGGCUGCCCUGAACAUGGUGGUGGACAAGGGAGACCCUCGGUCGUACCUGGAGAACUUUGUGAAGAUUGGAGAAGGGUCCACAGGGGUGGUGUGUAUCGCUCGGGAGAAACACAGCGGCAGGCAGGUGGCCGUGAAGAUGAUGGACCUGCGGAGACAACAACGUAGAGAGCUGCUUUUCAACGAGGUGGUGAUCAUGAGGGACUACCAGCACAGGAAUGUGGUGGAGAUGUUUAAAAGUGCCCUGGUGGAGGAGGAGCUCUGGGUCAUUAUGGAGUACCUUCAGGGUGGAGCACUAACCAACAUUGUGUCUGAGACCAGGCUGAGUGAGGAGCAGAUAGCCACAGUCUGUGAGGCUGUGCUGCAAGCCCUGGCCUACCUUCACUCCCAGGGGGUUAUCCACAGGGACAUCAAGAGUGACUCCAUACUGCUAACACUGGAUGGGAGGAUCAAGCUGUCCGACUUUGGGUUCUGUGCUCAGAUCAGUAAAGACAUCCCCAAAAGGAAGUCUUUAGUGGGAACACCCUACUGGAUGGCUCCGGAGGUCAUCUCUAAAUCACCAUACAGCACUGAGGUAGAUGUGUGGUCUCUGGGUAUCAUGGUAGUUGAGAUGGUGGAUGGAGAGCCCCCUUACUUCAGUGAGACCCCUGUUGCAGCCAUGAGAAGACUGAGGGAUGAGCCAGCUCCCACUGUACGGAACGCAACACAGGUCUCCCCGGUGUUGAAGAACUUCCUGGACCGUAUGUUGAUCCGAGACCCAGUGGAGCGUGCCAGCGCCACAGACCUGCUAGAACACCCCUUCCUCCUAAAGAGCGGCUCCCCGCAGUGCCUGGUGCCCCUGGUGGAACAGUACCGCAAGCGCAUGUCCCGCUGCUGAU